AUGGCGUAUAUUAUUGCAGGCGGUGACGACGACGACGAUGGCGAGCACACAAGAUUCGGAUGGCUCGCCAUGCUGCGCUUCGCGGUGGCUGCCGCGCCUACUCAGGUCACGGUCAAGAAGGCGGACCGGACAAAUCUUCGCGUCAUCCUCAUCGCCAACAACCCCGGCAGCCGCACCAAGAUCGACUGCAACGGCACCCGCGUGCGGCUCUUCGACGUGGAGUACCCGUACGGGCAGAUUGGCGACGUGACUCUGAAAAACUGCACUGUGCCACCACGGACGACGAUCACGCUGCAGAAACGGCUCAGCAACACAAACACCAGCUACAUCUGGGAGAAAUACCACUUGGCGUCCAGGUUCAGCGUGGGAAAACGACACAGCAGACCUACGUGUGCCAGCCGGUCACCAUCGGCCUGA